AUGGCAGACAUAGUCGAAAACCCGCACGAGGAGUACAGGUUCGAGGUAUGCCGCAACGAGUUCAGAUCCCCACCCGAUGAAGUGGGGGACCUCGAAUCGGUCGGGCUCUCGAUGGCAAAUACUUGGCGCCUCCUUUUCCUGAGGCGAUAUGGAUCCUGGGAUGACGAUAGCCGAGAGGGCUGGACGGCUUACCAGCACCGCACCGCACACGGCGCGAUCUUCGCUGAGAACAUCACAAGACACUUCGGACCUUACUGGUCCCAGAUCGCUCUGGCGCAGUACGCGUACGACCAUCACAUCGACACCCUCCGACAUGUUUAUGUAGUCAACAUUCAGAAUUUGUACACCUGGCCUUACGUGGAAUCCUGUCUUUACCCCCGUCAUGGCUUGCAAUGGUACGAUGACGAUCAAUACCAGUGCUGGGAAUACGGUACCAGGGAGUAUCAGGAGCUCCUGGGUACCAAGCUGGGAAGGGGGGUGGCGCGUCUGGUUCUGAGCGCUUGGCCGAGAGGCACUCACCGUAUCGAGGCAGUCAUCACGUGGACGUAUGUUGGGACCUUGCAGAUGCGGUUUGAUAUCGAGCGAAUUUGA